CCACUCUUCUACAGAGUGGCUGUGAUCACUGUCCACGACAGACAAGUCAGCCAUCCUCACAACGAAGCACCAUGCAAAUAUAAUAGUUUGCGAAAGGUGGUGAAGAUGGAUCGCUUCAGUGGUAAAGAAACAUCCGCGAGGCAGCAGACACCUGCAAACAACAUUUGAGUCGCAAGCAGCGUUAUAAUGUUCAGCGCAGUCAACACUAUGACUGAUGGGGACUAUGAUUACCUCAUCAAGCUCCUGGCUCUGGGGGACUCUGGAGUAGGGAAGACCACCUUUCUAUACAGGUACACGGACAACAAGUUCAACCCCAAGUUCAUCACCACAGUGGGAAUAGACUUCAGGGAAAAGAGAGUGGUGUACACAGCGUCGGGCCCCAAUGGAACCACAGGGAAGACCUUUAAAGUUCACCUCCAGCUUUGGGAUACAGCUGGACAGGAGAGGUUCAGGAGUCUGACCACAGCAUUCUUCAGAGAUGCCAUGGGCUUCCUGCUCAUGUUUGACCUCACCAGCCAACAGAGCUUUCUGAACGUCCGCAACUGGAUGAGCCAGCUGCAGGCCAAUGCGUACUGUGAGAACCCAGACAUGGUGUUGGUGGGUAACAAGGCAGACCUGGCGGAACAGAGAGAGGUGCAGGAGGAACAGGCGAAGGAACUAGCCGACAAGUACGGGAUCCCGUACUUUGAGACGUCGGCAGCGACGGGGUCUGAGGUGGACAAGGCCGUCAUCACUCUACUAGACCUGGUCAUGAAGAGGAUGGAGCAGUGUGUCGACAAGCCCACCGCCGAGCCCGCUAACGGGGGAGGGGCCACCAAGCUGGAGGACGCCGCGCCUGACCAGAAGAAGUGUGCAUGUUAGACUUGGCCCCUCCCACGUCCCCUUUCUACCCUACUCUGAUUGGUGCUCUAGCACCCCCUCUGGUGGCUAGACACAGAAGUGCAGCAGCAUUAUGAUAGCAUGAUGUGUGAGGGGGCAGCUCAAUCAGCCACGCUGCGAUGAAGCUGUAGUUCUGGCCUUGCAUGGCCUGUGUGUACUGUGCUGGGUCUGACUAUAUGUCUCUCCUCUCCUGUCCUGUGUUAUGUCUCAAAUGUCACCCUGUUCCUUAUUACAGGGCUCCCGAGUGGCGCAGCGGUCUAAGGCACCGCAUCUCAGCACUAGAGGCGUCAUUACAGACGCCCUGGUUCGAUUCCGGACUGUGUCACAACCGGCCGUGAUUGGGAGUCCUCAUAGGGCGGCGCACAAUUGGCCAAGCGUCGUCCGGGUUAGGGUUUGGAAAAGAAUAAUUUGUUCUUAACUGACUUGCCUUGUUAAAUGUUAACUAAAAGGUGAAAUAAAAGGUUAAAUAAACAUAGUGCAUUACUAGUCAGAAGUAGUGCACUAUAUGAAUAGGGUGCCAUUUGGGACGAGAGUCUGGCCUACCAGAGGCCUAUGCUUUAUAGGACUUUAUAUCCCAGUGUUGUUUACAAGUGUAUGUCCAAUCUAAUCUACUGCCUUGGCUGUUAAGGCCCUAUCCAUAUUACAGUACCAAUAUUACAGUAUAUUAAUAAAAAAUGUGACCAGUUAUUUA